CAUGAGUUAAAUUGCAUUAUAUAUAGAUAUGUCUAUGCUUUAUAUGCUUUGAAACAAUUGUUUUAAGUUUAUUUCCUUUGUCCUUCCUUCUGCUAUAAAACAAACAAUCAAAUAUUGUGUGGAGUUUAAAAAAAAAAAUCCGCCACAAGCAAAACCAGCUAAAAAAAUGCCUGGAACUAUUUUAGAAAACUUAAGUGGCAGUAAACUAUCAGUUUUAGUUGCUAUUUUGUUGAUAUGUCAAGUUGUUUGCUUCCUUAUCGGUGGAUUCAUAGCUCCUGUACCGGCAAGUCAUCAGAAUAUUCUCGGUAUGACUUGCAAAGAUAAUCCCUCUCGCCAAAAUGAUACAAAUUUUUGGAUAUAUUCACGAGGAGCUGAUAAAUGUAAUGAAAUCCCUCAAGAAGAAAUCGACCGGCAUUAUACAAAAAUGGCCAAUCAAAUUGUUUAUGUUUUCCAAAUGCCGAUACCACGAGAGGGUCAAGUACUUGAUUAUUCCAGAUGGCAACAAAAUCUUAUUGGCGUUCUUCAAGUAGAUAUUGCCUAUGAGAAAGAUAUUUUAAUAGAUCCUCGAACCGAAUUAACAAUAGAUGCCCGUUUAGCUUAUAGAAACAAAGGCGAUGCAGACAAUGCAUGGAAAUUGUAUGCACAUUCAUUGGAAAAACGUUUCCUUGAAUGUACUCCUUUGCCAGUUUCAAUUCACGAAACUCUCUUCUCAUGCGAAAUGAUUCCCUUAUUCGAACUGGGUGCCCUUCAUCAUGAUUACUAUUUACUCAACAUUCGUCUACCAGUUGAUACUGAUAUGAAACUUAAUCUCAAUAUUGGACACUCGCAUGAACUUCAAUUAACUGCAAUUUAUCAAAAUGGAGGUUUCACUAAAGUUUGGGUUUCAUUGAAAACAAUUUUCUUUCCUGUUGUGAUGGGAAUCAUGAUAUGGUUUUGGCGUCGAGUGCAUAUACUCCAAAGAUCACCAGCUCUGCUUGAAUAUAUGCUUAUAUAUUUGGGAGGAACAUUAACCUUUUUGAAUUUGCCACUUGAAUAUUUAACUCUCAUUUUUGAAAUGCCAUAUAUGCUACUUUUGAGUGAUAUUCGACAAGGAAUAUUCUAUGCUAUGCUUUUAUCCUUUUGGCUUGUUUUUGCUGGAGAACAUAUGUUGAUUCAAGACUCUGGUGAAAAGAAUUCACUGCGAAUUUAUUGGAAGCAUCUGAGUGCUGUUGUUGUUGGUUGCAUAUCGUUAUUUGUGUUUGAUAUUUGUGAAAGAGGCAUUCAACUAAGGAAUCCAUUUUAUUCAAUUUGGACAAAACCGAUUGGUGCUAAUUUAGCUUUUGGAUUUAUAAUUUUAGCGGCAAUAUCUGUGGGAAUAUAUUUCUUUUUCCUCUGCUAUAUGGUAUGGAAGGUUUUUGUGAAUAUCAGUAUUAAACAAACAUCUCUACCAUCAAUGUCCUCGGCACGACGUCUUCAUUACGAAGGAUUAAUUUAUCGAUUUAAGUUUCUUAUGUUAGCGACAUUAAUAUGUGCAGCUUUAACUGUUGCUGGAUUCAUAAUGGGUCAAGUGGCAGAAGGUCAUUGGAAAUGGGACGAUAAUAUUGAAAUUCAAAUGACUUCAGCAUUCUUGACUGGGGUUUAUGGAAUGUGGAAUAUUUAUAUAAUCACUUUAUUGAUUCUAUAUGCUCCAAGUCAUAAGCAAUGGCCAAAUGAAAAUCGUGCAUCUAAUGAAAAUAUAAUAAGCGAAGAAAUUGAGUUCAAUAAUUUGCCAUCGGAUUCAAAUCCAAGCGAAAUAUCAUCUUUAACAUCAUUUUCUCGUAAAGUUGCCUUUGAUUGAAGAUAAAAAAAAAAAACAUAA